AUCGAAGAGAAAAGUUAGUCUGAACACCAACGUCGAGUUGGCUUCAACAAUUAAGUGAAUUUUAUUUUCUCCUACGCUUGAAUUCCGUACAACCAUGAGCUCUGGAAAGCAUUUGGCCAAAGGCUCUGCCAAGCCCGUUCUGCCCGAUGAUGGAGUCCUCCGUCUCUACUCUAUGCGCUUCUGUCCCUACGCCCAGCGUGCCCAUCUCGUGCUGAAUGCCAAAAAGGUGGAUUACCACACCGUAUUCAUAAAUCUAACCGAGAAGCCAGAGUGGCUGGUGGAGGUGAGCCCGCUGCUGAAGGUUCCUGCUCUGCAGGUGGUGGCGGAGAAGGGCCAGCCCUCGCUCAUCGAGUCGCUGAUCAUUGCCGAGUAUUUGGACGAGAAGUAUCCGCAGAACCCACUCCUGCCCAAGGAUGCACUGAAGCGGGCCCAGGACAAGAUUUUGCUAGAGCGCUUCAACGGCAUAACCAAUGCCUUUAUGAAGAUCUUGUUGCAAAACACCGGCCUAGAUGACUUCUGGACUGCACUGGACAUCUUCGAACAGGAGCUGAUCAAGCGGGGCACUCGCUUCUUUGGCGGUGACAAGCCCGGCUUCGUAGACUACAUGAUCUGGCCCUGGCUGGAGCGCCUGCCAGUGAUUGAGUAUGUUCUGAAGGACAACUACAACUUCGAUGAGAAGCGAUUCCCUAAGGUGGCCCAGUUGAUUACCCUUCUGAAGGAGGAUGAGGCGGUCAAAGGCUUCUACGCUACUCCCGAGCAGCACCAGGAAUUCUGGCGCACCCGCAAGGCCGGCAAUGCCAGCUACGAUCUGCUGGCUUAGACAAAAAUCUUAAAUGUCUAGGCUCAACUUUAUAACUGAAGAUUUUAAUUGAAAAAAAUGAACAAAAAGAAAACUAUAGAAAAUAAUAAUAUUUAAAAAAUUAAUAAAAAAGAG